AUGUCCUCAGAACGGAAUUUACCAAAUAUCCUAAUCACCGGAACUCCGGGUACUGGUAAAUCUACUUUGGCAGAACUUACAGCCCAAAAUACCGGCCUUUCGUAUAUUAAUGUUGGCACACUUGUUAAGGAAAAACUGUUACAUGAGGGUUAUGAUGAAGAUUAUCAAAGUUAUAUAUUGAAUGAUGACAAGGUAAUCGACGAAAUGGAAGAACAAAUGUCCAAAGGAGGACACAUUGUAGAUUUUCAUUCUUGUGAAUUAUUUCCUGAAAGAUGGUUCGAUCUCAUACUGGUGCUACGAACCGAUAACACUAUUCUAUACGAUCGAUUAAUGGCGCGUAACUAUCCUCCAAAAAAGAUAACCGAGAACAUCGAAUGCGAAAUAUUUCAGGUUGUUCUCGACGAGGCGAAAGAGUCGUACGCUCCAGAAAAAGUGGUGGAAUUGCAGAGUAAUAGCAUUGAUGAUAUGGAUAGUAACGCGUCUCGUAUUGAAAAAUGGAUCGAGGAUUGGAAACGAGAGAAUG